AUUUAGUGUCUUUACAAUUAUGUUUUAUGAACACAUGUACCUGGAUUGGAGCUCGGAGUAAAGUCAAGAUUUAGAGACAUAAAAUGAAGUCGAUUUAAUGUGAUUACUAUUCAAUUAGCAGUAAUAAUAGACAAGUUGUUUGGGUCUUUUUAUAGACUUCCUUUUCUCUUCCUAAACUUUUUCAUCAACAUGGCAACACCCAUAGGACAAAUCCCUCUCCGUACCUGUACUGAACACAAGGGGAGACAUCUGGAACUUUAUUGUGAAAAAUGUGAUACACUUGUAUGUCUUAAGUGUUUGUCAACAUCUCACAAAGGUCAUGAUGUUUGUGAACUCAGCGAGAUUACUCCUACAAAGAAACAAGACAUUCAAAACUUUAUUGACAGAACUGAACAAAAUGACCUGGUACAACUUAGGGAAUACAUCACAUGUACUGAUACACUUCUUAAAGAAAAUACCAGCAAUUUUGAGAAAAUUUCACACAAGUUGAAAAUGCAAACAGAAAAAUUAAAACAAGACCUCGACUUGCUUACAGCACAGACACUCUGUGUUUAUCAUAAAAUGGAGGAGGAUAAUAUCAAGCUGAUACAGAAAUACAAACAGGACCUUAAAAUGUACGACAAGCAACUCCGACAACAAAUUCAAGAAUGCAAAGAAGCACUCCAGCAUGGUUCUCACAUAGAAAUCUACGACACAGGAUGUGAAAUGCAUUCCCAAAUAAGUUUCCCUGUAAAACCUGUCCUGGGUAAUGCCAGUUUCACUCCAAACAUAAACCCUCAACAUCACCUAGAACUGGCCUUAGGGAAAGUUACUACAUUAGAUCAAGGUCAAGCUUCAAUUGACCAGGACGGGUCAGUCAGGACAUCUGGUGGUCAGGAACCAUCCUCUACAUCACAACAGACAGAACCACAGACCAAAGUAUUGGAGGAGUGGGAGUCUCCUGUUGAUAUUUUUUCUAUAUGCCCCACCAUUGAUGGUCAGGUGUGGAUCAGUUACUGGAACAGUAACACAUUAACUCUCCUGGACAGGAAGGGGAAAGUAAUAGAGGAGGUCAAACACAAAGCUGGCAUCAAUGACAUAAGUCUGGCACCAACAACACACACACUGUGGGUCUGUGACACAGAAAACAACAUCAUGGAGCUGGUAUCAGGACAACUAAAACACCGAUUCAGCACCAAGGAGGAACCUGAGUGUAUCUGUGUUACUGCCAGUAACCAUGUCAUUGUGGGGAUGACCAAACACAUCUCCAAAUUUACCACACAUGGUCGAAUGGUACUCACUACAAGUGCUACAGGGACUGGGAAGCCAUUAGUGUGUUCACCAUGGAGGAUCUCAGAGUGCCCUGUCACUCACAAUGUGGCAGUGGUUGAUAAGAAUAGUAAGGGUGCAGAUGAUGGUGAUGGGAAAGAACAUGUUAUUGUUAUGGACACUGAUUUCAAGAAACUGUUCGUAUAUAGAGGUGACAUCCGCAGUACAUAUAAACAAUCAUCACAUAAAAGAGUCACACUAUUUAUCCCCUGGGGUGUGGUGUUUAACAGUGUGGGGAACAUCAUCAUAGGGGACUGUAGCAACUACAGAGUCCUACUCAUCAGUGGACGUGGCGAGUUCCUCAGGAUCAUACACACAGACACAGACUGGACACAUGCUGUAGGUGUAGAUAGGGAGGAUGUCCUGUGGGCAGUGUUUUGUUACAGGAAUGGUAAACUACUACAGUACAGCAGUGUGUGACUCCUGUGACAAAACUAGAAGUUAUAGUUACCAUGACAACACAGAAGACGAUCAAAACUUCCCACAAUAAACAACCAGUCAACAUUCUACCCUGACUGUACAUCAUCAUAAUCACUGGAGAAAAUCUAUUCAACAUUCAAGCGAUUUUUUGUUAUUAUGAUAAUCAGAGAAAAAUCAGUCAACUGUGAUUCUAGUGUGAUUAAAUAAUUCAUUGUCAUCAAAGUCUGUGUGGGGAACAAUUUUGUUAAAGUGGAAAAUGUAAUUAAAAAUAUUGUUAUAGACAAUGCAAUAACAUUUAUUUUAAUUUUUUGCUGUGGGAGAACAAAGUUGAACUCUUGAUAAUGUUUGCCAGAUGGUGCUUUACAUCCUUAUUUACACCACAUGUAAUGGGUGGCCUGUCAUUGUGUAUCAAAUUUUAUGUAUACUACAUUGUAGAAGUACUAUUUUUGUAAUCAUAAUUUUGUAAAAAAAAAAAUGAAUACAUGGUACAUUUCACUGUAAUACCAUUUUGUUAUAAUGUAUAGACUUUAAUUGUAAUAACUUUUUUUAAAUAUGACGAACUUUUUUUGUUUACUAUUUCAUCGGUUAUUUUGCUUGGAUGAUGUUUUUGUUAAUUUACGUGACAUACAGUCAAACUUCCUUAAAUCAAACUUCAAAGUCAAUUCUAAACUUACAGUAAAGUCGCGAUUUAAUUUAACACUACUAAUAUUCUGUUAAUGGAUCAAACAUGUUAGAGUCAAACCUUUGCUGUCUUAAAAUACGAUCAAGUUCCGUUUAUUAUAAAAACAUUGAAAAAUUCAACUGAAAAAUAUACACUUUACCCCCUUUCCAAGGGGGAAUGGGUAACCCUGGGGUAGAGAAAUUAAAAAUUGAUAUAAAGCACCUUAAGACCCUUCCACCAUGAAGAGAAUUUGAUCUCGGCAUAUAUGGGUCUGAAGAGGAAGAUUAUUGCAAUUUUAGCCAAUUUACCCCCUUUGGCCCCAUCUUUGCAGGAUUAGAUCCAUAUAAUUCAUGACUACAAAAUGUUAAUGAAAUCAGUUUGAUGGUUCUAGAGGAGAAGUAAAAAAUGUUUUGAUGUAUAAAACUUAAGGUAUACGUAUAUGUUACAUUGUAGUGUCACCUGAUAUUGACAUAUUUGUAUGUAUAAAAGACUUAAAGUCCCUUAACCUGUAUUGUCAGUGAUUAACUGUUGAUUGUAUUGCCUUGUGUACAGCCCUAUAAUAAAGUUUGAUGUGUGUGUAAUAAA